UAAGAGCAUGUCGUGGGACUCCGCUCAGAAUUCACCCCUCGAGGCCCAGAUUCCCACACACUCUGGACUGAGCUCUGCAGUAGCCAUGCCAACCACCGUGCUGGGAUUGCUGGGAGUUUUGCUCUGUGCCCUUGCCGUUAGUUCUGGUGUCACGCCACAGCCCGACUUCAGCGUCAAGAGGGUGGCUGGGAAAUGGUAUCUGAUUGGUAUUGCCAGCAACACAGAGUGGUUUGUCACCUGUAAGGCAGACAUGAAGAUGGGAGUCGCCAUGCUGACACCGACUGAUGAAGGAGAUCUGGAGAUGGCAUAUUCCAGUCUCAAUCCUGAUGGCACAAGCUGGAGGAUCAACCAACUCGCUAAGAAGACUAAUAUUCCGGGAAAAUUCAGCUACCGCAGUGAACGCUGGAAGAAUGACAAUGACAUGCGUUUUGUUGAUGUGAAGUGUGAUGAAUUUGCUUUGAUCCACACUGUCAAGACCAAGGCCGACUCCACUACAGUGGUCAGCAAACUCUAUGGCAGAACACCCCACCUGAGCCAAGUUGUUUUGGACAAGUUCACUGCGUUUUCUCGGAAGCAAGGCAUUCUGCCGGAGAACAUCGCCAUCCUGUCUAAAAAUGCAAUGUCAAUACCUGGUGGCUUUACCCCAGAGAAGGUUGUCACUCCAGAAGUGGAGAAGAUCUGCCUUGAGAUGAACGCAUCCAAACUCCAGGAAAGUGAGGUGAGAAUCAAACACUCUCUGAAUAAGAAUGAGGAGGAGUUUAUAUUCAGAAGGAGAAACACUGUUCAGCAAUGCCUGCAGAAGCAUAGGAUACACUGCAGUCUGGAUAAUUUGCCAAACAUUGCAUUACUGGGUUCUGGAGGAGGAGAAAGAGCCAUGGUGGGUUUGCUGGGAUCCCUGGUUCAGCUCCAUGAAGUGGAAUUUCUGGACUCCAUCCUUUAUCUGAGCGGAGUCUCUGGAUCAACGUGGUGCAUGGCCUCCUUAUAUCAAGAACCAGACUGGUCCACCAAACUAGAGACUGUGAAAGACAAGAUCAUCCAGAGACUCAGCGGCCCUAAAGUCAGCUGGACAGAUGCAUUUGCCAAACUGAAGAAAUAUUACUAUGAGAAAGACAUCUUCAGCUUGACUGACUUCUGGGCAGCGAUGGUCGUCACGACAUUUGUGAAAGAGAAAUGCGUCCUCUUUAAGAUCGAUGAACACACUCUCACAGAGCAGUGGAACCAGCAGAAUAAAGACCCGUUUCCCAUCUACACAGUGAUCGACAAGCGAAGCAAACAGAAAAAGGAAGCAGACCCAUGGUUUGAGUUCACUCCAUAUGAAGCAGGUUAUUCUCACACUGGAGCAUUCGUGGGAGUCUCCAACUUUAGCAGUCAGUUUCAAAAUGGUUCUAGGUUGAAGGAGCAGCCUGAAAUUGACAUGCUGUACCUGCAAGCUCUGUGUGGCAGCGCUUUAGCUGAUGGAGAAGAGAUUGUGAAAUUCAUCUGGCAAAUGAUAAAAGAUUUCUAUCAACGUUUGUUUACUCAAAUAAGAAAAAUGCUUCAGGAAAUGGGGAAAGAUCCAGACUCUCCACCUGCAGACAAGUUUUACCAGGUGGUCUCGGACCUUGUGGACAUGAAUCUCUAUGUUUUGGAUGGCAAAGAUCCUUCUGCUCUUGAUGAAUCCAUCAGAAGAACGCUGACUGAUCUCGCUGGAGGCAAAGAUCAGCUGAUUUUUCAGGUGGGAGAACUGAAUCUCACUGAUAAAGAAGCUGCAAAACUGUAUAUGGAGCAGUACACCGUGGAUGUACACAACAGUUUAAGUAAAUGGUUCAGUUUCUGGCCAUAUGAUCUUUGCUUGAGCAUUAUUAGUUGCAUGGCUCAGUGGAUUUGGGGCAGGAAAUAUAACUUCCUCCACAACAUGACAGAUGAAGCAGUGCCUGCUCCUCUACUGGAAAGUGAAAUGAGAGACUUUGAAGAUGCUGGACUGUUGCUGAACUCACCCUACUUCUCAGUGCUGAGAAAAGAGAGAAACAUUCACCUCAUCAUUUCCUUGGAUUUCAGUGAUGGUGAUCCUUUCAUGACAGUGACGAAAGCUGCUGAGAUGUGCAAGAAACUAAACAUCUCUUUCCCUGAGGUCAUCAUACCAAGUGAGGACUUUGAGAAACCGAAAGACUUCUAUGUGUUCAAAGGCCAAAAUGUUCCAACUGUGAUACACAUCCCUCUCUUUAAUGUGGUCAACUGUGGAGAUAAAAUUGAGGAGUGCAGGAGCAAAUAUAAGACUUUUCAAGGUUCUUACAGUGCUGAGAUGAUCACUGAUCUUAUGGACAAAGCUGGAAAAAACAUCGCAAAUAAUAAAGAAAAUUUGGAGAAAGUGAUUCGUGAGAUCAUUGAGAAAAAAAAGUUUAACACUGUGUUAACACACAAAUUACAGUAAUGUAUCUAAAUACAGACUAAUCUGAUCUUCAUUUAGUUGAUUUAACAAUAAAUGGUGUUUUGUUUCUUUUUCUAUCUUUAAUAAUCACUUAACAUUGAUCAGCAUUAUUACCUUUUUCUGCAAAAUGUGAAUUGUGUGCCAUUAUAACAGCAUCAGAGAUUGAUAAAGUUUCAUUUCUGUUUAAUGUUAAAAAUGUUUCUGCAUGUUUCAAUCUGUUUCUUCACGAUUGACCUUCAUUAAGCAAUAAAUAUCUGAUCAUUAAUAAUCAAAUUAGCAAUAACAGACUGGAUUGCAUGUAUGACAACAGUAAUUGCAGAUUAAAAAUAUAUGUAUUACUUUAACAAAUAUUGCACUCUUGCCUAUCAUUGGUUCUGUUCCAAUGAAUUAAUAAAGGGCUCUUGAUAAAUAA